AUGUUCACAAGACGUGCCGUGCGAUUCUGCACGCGGCGGCUUCCGAGUGGGUUGCUGCUGGACGGCACUUUUAACCCAAAGCAUCCCGAUUUUCUUCUUGAAGGAUGCGCCACAACACCUGACGGCCGUGUCUUUCGCGGCCACUUUGACGCCGAGCGGGGAUUUCCGCUGGGCGGCAGUGAGCUGGAGGACGACGGGGAUCUCUACCGCGGCUCCUUCAAUGCCCAAUGGCAGCGGCACGGUGAUGGCGAGGCCUGGCUGGCCGACGGCACGUAUUAUAAGGGGCGGUUCUGUGAGGACGAGUUGGUGGAGGGCGUCGUGCGCAUACCCAAUGGGACAACGGAGACGGUCUUUGAGGGAUUACUGCGGGACGAGGCGUUUGUUCGUGGAACACUUACGCAGCAUGACUUCACAUACGAGGGCGAGUUUCUUGACAACAAACCACACGGUCGCGGAAGGCUUCGCUUUGCCACGGGAGCGGAGCAGGAGGGCACGUUUUUUGCCGGCAAGUUGCAUGGAAUUGGUUGCAAGAUGAAGCUUGAUAGUGGGUUUGUGUACGUGGGCGAUUUUGUGGACGGGUGCAUUCAACGCGGUCAGCUUUUUACUCCGACGUAUACGUACGACGGCGAGUUUAACGAACACGGCCGUGCCCACGGAGAGGGGUCCCAGACAUACCUGGCAAACGAGCCGCGUCUCAUUUUUGCAGGCAUAUGGGAGAAUGGGGCUUUGGUGCGUGGGACCUGCACCGACGAGUACGGUGCUCCUGUGGAUUGGAAGGACAAUUACGAGCUCCAGGCCAAAGUUUUCAGUGAAGAUGGUGGCGACGUCGCGGUGGCGAUAAACAGCUACGGUGCCGCCAAGCUGAAGGAGGCAGACACGCUUCACAGGGAGAUGAACCAAAGUUACGUGAAGGAUGCGGAGAGAGUCCGACAGGAGACGGGGCGUUAUCCAUCCAAGAUGAGUCUUGGCUACGAAGGAAGCAUUCAACAGGAAAGGGAAUCACUUGAGCGAGCAUCACGAAAAAACGUGGAGGAUAUGCGGAAUAUACGUGACAGCAUGGAGGCGAGCCAUGCUGAUGUGAAUUGCAUGUGCGAAAAGGCGUUGAAUGAUGCAACGAUACCGAUAAACGAAAACACGGCUAGAAUGCAGUACGCCAGGCAGGAGGGAGCACAGCAGCUGGCGGCGGAGCGUGUGGAUGAGCAGUUCGAACGGUUCAUGAAAACAUUUAGCCGCGAAACUGACGGCAACGCCAGUAGACGCAUCAUUGAUGGCAACUCGCCGUGGAAGGCGUACACUCCAAAGGGAUGA